GGGAGGAGCGUCGCAGCAGCAUGGCUGUUCCGGGGUCCGGCCUUGCCUUUGAACUGAAAAUUCCUUUUCCAUCAUCAACAUUGGCCAAGAUUGCCUUGGGUUCCCUGGCCCCGGAUCCUGAGCCUCGCAAAGGAGGGAUCACCAAAGAACUGAAUGUGACAGACAACAUUUUACAUGUGCAAUGGAGAGCCGAAGAAGCUAGGAUCCUGCGUGUUUCCUUUAACUCCUUCUUGGAGCAUCUCUCCUUGGUAGUGGAAACUAUGGAUCUGUUUGGGCCACCCAUGGCUUGAUAAACUGUUAUACCAAAUCAUAAAAAAAUAUGGAUUUUGUUGGAUACCGGACUUAGCCAUUCACUGCUGAUUUCAGAGAAGGCAUUGGACAGUCCUUUCUUGGAACCAGGAUGGAAAAAAAUGCAUACCUGCACUAUGGUGCUCAAGAACCUGAUAAACCAUUGUGCACCAAGAAGUAGGCAAGUUUAGAACUGCCUUUGGCCUUUUCCCCCCUAACCUGAUGUUCUCCAAAUGUGUUAGACUUCAACUUCCACAGGCUACAAGCAGUCAGGUUAAGGUUUUAGGUUGGGAAGAUAAAUUUUAACGAAAGUUAUGUUUAUAUGAUACAGUAUGUAUUUUAUUAUAUUACCCCAUUCAUCUUACACCAUGCAUGUGUUUACUAAUAAAAUA